AUGGGCACGGGACUGACGCUGUACGGCCACGUGCACUCGCCGUUCGUGCGUCGCGUGUUGCUGACGCUCUAUGAGAUGGGCGUCGAGGAUUUCGAGUUCAAGGUGGUGAGCACGAGCAAGGGCGACAACAAGACGCCCGAGUACCUCGCCAUGAAUCCGUUCGGCAAGAUGCCAGUGCUGGACGACAACGGCCACUACCUGUAUGAGUCGCGCGCCAUCAUGCGUUACAUAGCGGACAAGUACGCCGAGGGCAAGCCCAACCUGGUGGGGGCGGACGUGUGGGAGCGCGCAGAGGUGAGCCAGUGGACGGACGUGGAGGCGCACAGCGUCACGGAGCAGGUGGCAGUGGUGGUGGAGGAGAACUUUCUUAAGCCGCUCAUGGGCAAAGGGGAGCCCGACAAGGCGCGCGCUGACGCUGCGAUUGACAAGCUGGCGCGGCUGUUUGACAUCUACGAGAAGCACCUGGAGGGGCGCCAGUACCUGGUGGGGGGGCGGUGCACGCUGGCGGACCUCACCCACCUGCCCUACACCGAGGUGCUCUUCCAUGCCGGCGCCGGUGACCUCAUCACGUCACGCCCCAACGUGGCGCGGUGGUGGCAGCGCAUCUCGUCUAGGCCCGCGUGGAAGAAGGUGCAACAGCUCGAAGCUAUCCCGCACCUGCCGCCCACCCCCGCCUGA